AGGGGUCAGAGUAACUGUGUUCUAAAAAUAGCCAGAUAUUGUAGUGAAAAGCUGGCUGCUAUCUUUCACAUAAAGUCAAAUUAAGCUUUUUACUAGGGUAGCCAUUUGUAAUUGCUCUAAACUUUGGUCCACAGCUAGUGACACAACCUUAUUAUUGAAAGCUGUUACAUUACGCAUCUAAGUAACAGAUUUACUAAGCCAAUGAGCCAAACUAAGACUAAAGUUACUACCUUAAGAAAUAAAGAUGAUUCGACCACCAGACGUAGAUCUGGUGCUGCCACGCCCACGCUACAACCUGCUGAUAAAGAUAUAACUCCACCCAGUUCUGCCGGAUCAAACAAAAGUAUUAGAACUCGUUUGUCAACAGGAACCUUAUUUAUGAACGGAACAUCAACAAUUAAAGAUAUCAAAACGACGGAAGAGGAGGAAGCAGCGAAACCACAAAAAGAAACAGGUCACGGUAAGAAGAGAAAUGCUGGUCGAGAUAUUAGUCCAUCUGCUCCAUUACCUAAAAGGAGAAAAAUUGCCAAAAAUGAUGGCACUGGAAAUGACAAUAAGAAUGAUUAUUUUUGUUGGAUGUGUCAUAAAGAUGGUGAACUAGUUGGUUGUGAAUUGUGUCCAAGAGUUUUUCAUACCAAAUGUCUAGGUAUAAUUGACAAUGAUUUACCUAACGAUUGGGUGUGUACAGAAUGUGAGCAAAUAAUGAAGGCUGAAUGUGUUGAGACUAGAUCUAAAGCUAUGUCUAUGAUAACAUUAGAUACCUUGUGUACCUUACUCAAACACGCCUUAAGACGCAUGCAAGUUCCUGAGAGUGGCCCAUUUGAUAAACCAGUCGACCAAGUGGCUAUUCCUAAUUAUUCAGAUUUUGUUUUUCAUCCCAUGGAUCUGGGACAACUGGCCAAGAAUAUACGUAAAAAAAUAUAUGGCUGUACAGAAGCUUUUUUAGCAGAUGCUAAAUGGAUUUUACAUAACAGUACUGUUUAUAAUGGCAGUGAUCAUCAUUUAACAAAGACAUCAAGAGCCAUGAUGAAAAUCUGUCAACAUGAGAUGCGUGAAAUAGAAGUUUGUCCUGAUUGUUAUCUUAACUCUUGCUUAAAAGAAGAUGCUGACUGGUUUUGUGAACCCUGUAGAACACCUCAUACGCUUACAUGGGCUAAGUUAAAAGGUUUUCCAUUCUGGCCGGCUAAGGCUUUGCGAGAAAAUGAUGGAUUGGUGGAUGUCCGAUUUUUUGGGGCUCAUGACAGAUCUUGGGUUCCAGUAAGUAAUGUAUUUCUAUUGUCUAAAGAUUGUCCGAAUGGUCAGAAAAAAAGAAGCACUCACUUUAAUGAAGCUAUGGAAGAACUAGAACGACACAUUCAGAAAAUCAGGAUAAAAUUUGGUUCAUAUGACUAUAUGCCACCCCGAACACCAUUUGGUAAUGGUAAAAAUCCUGUUGUAAAGAAGAAAAAGAUGAUGACAUCUACUCCUGUUAAAAAACUGGGCAUGAAAAAAUCUAAAAAAGGUGUUACCGGCUUACUUAACAGGUAUAAUACAAAAAAGACUGGUAGUCCAAAAGUUAUAAGAACUUUUAUCGACCAGACCGAAUGUGAAGUGACAUUAAACAGAAGGGAUUUUUCACAAAUUCAAAAUGUGAAAGUUGUCGCAUCAUCAAAUAAUGUGAAAGGAAGUGAAGAUGAUUAUGAAAGUGACACAAUUCUAAAGCAGGCGGACCUUAAUGAAUCGCUUGGGGAAUCAGCUUUACAAAUUAUUCAGGCUGCUAUCAGCACAAAAGUGGACAAUAAUACAAAUUAUCAGACAUCAGAACCACAAGUGUCUGCAAGGACAAGUGAAAUUUCUGAUAUUAAAAUUACUCAACCAGUGGAUUGGAAGCUUGGACCACAGACAUUAUCAGAUAAAAAGGAAAAUGUUGAUGUUGAAGUUCCAAAAGUUCACGAGCAAUUGAAAAUAAACAAUCAAAUUAAAACAAAUUCAGAGAAUAAUGAUGUCAGGACUAUUCUCCAUCCUACAGAGGUCAAGGCUAAUUGUGUUGAAGGGACCAAUUCUCUGCCUCAUUCAAGUCCUUCACAGGUCAAAGACAUCAGUGAAAGUUUUAGUGUUAAUCUUCCAGAGAAAAACACUACAUGUUUUAAUGAUAGUGUUGACUCUAAUUAUAUUUCAACCCCUGGGCAGUCUGAAAACCAAGUCAAAGGUCAUACUCCUGAAAAAUCAGAUAACAAGGUCAAAAGUCAUAUCCAUGAAACCUCAGAAAACAAGGUCAGUGCCUUUGACCUUUCAGAAAACAAGGUCAAAGUUCAUGCCCCAGACAUUUUGGGGGCCAAAAGUGCUAUUAAUACAACAAAAAAAAUUGAAGAAAUGGAAGUCGAUUCUAAAGACGAUAAUGAAAAACAUAGACUGAUUAUUGAUUUGAAACCAGAUUUAGAUUCUGUGCCUCCAACAGUGAAACCUAAUAAAUCCCCUCCUGUGAGAACUGACACUAACCAACCUUUACCAGCACAAACUGAACAGAUAGCUUCUGUUCAACCAGGGACAAACAGUGAAAAUAUUUGCUCAAAUUCAAAAUCAGAAACAGUUCAAGCAAAGCAAUCCGAGAGUAAUGUCAUAGCUAGUAAUAAUGGUAGUCAAGUAUCAGUAUUAACUAAACAGAGUUGUGGUGUGUCUAUGUUAUCAGCUUCUAAAACAAUGAAAUCUCUUGCUAGACAAAUAGUAUCAAACUCUCCGCCACCUCAGGAUACAGAAAUGACAUUAGAGACAGAGACUCCAGAUAAUGAAAAAUUACCUAAUAAUAUAACCGAUAUCAUACAGUCUUAUACUAAAAAGUUGUCAAGUUCUAUAGAAGAAACAAUUACCUCCCUUUGUAAAGAUCUUGUUUCAGUUACUAAAAAAAAUUAUUGUAAGGGUCCUUUACGUAAUGAACGUAAUGAAGAAGAAGAAGCUGAAGAAAAAGAGAAGUUUGAAGUUAUAAAGUGGGCACAUCAACAACAAAUAGAAGAAUUAAAACAUAGCUUUAAACUAAACUUAAUGGAAGCUCGUUCUGGAUGGGAGUCUGAUAUAGUUCGAACUCAAUUAGAGUUAAACAAAAAGUUUGAAGCUGAUAAGAAACUAGCUGUAGAAGAAGCCAAGAAAAAACAAUGGUGUGCGAAGUGUGGUAAAGAAGCUAUAUAUUAUUGUUGUUGGAAUACCAGUUAUUGUGCCUAUACCUGUCAACAAUCACAUUGGCCAGAACAUAUGACCACAUGUAUGCAAGCUCAAAAUGCAGCCAGUCAGCAACAAGAACCUGUUAAAUCUAGUAGCCAACCACAGGUCUCGGUACAAUCUACACCUUCUACUGUUACACCUAGCAACAAAACCAUCCAAUCAAACAGUUCAAUAUUACAAACAAAGACGUCUGAAUGGAUAGAUAGUCAAGCAGAAUCAGUACAGGUACAGAGAACAUUUAAUUUAGCACCACCUGUAGAAUCUAAUGGGGACGUACACCCAGUUUGGAGAAAUCGUGCUCGAGAUAACUUAGAGAAAGUUUUAUUACGUCAAAGUGAAACCAGUCAUCUUAAUAAUAAUACAAUACAACAGUUUCAACAACAGAAUAAUAAUAUGUUAAUAUCUAAUCCUAAUCAACAUCCACAGAUGAGAUUACAAGCUACCCAGUGUAUGAGUAUACAGUCUAAUACAGUAUUACCUGCUGCUACUCUACUACCAAACAAUUCUAUUAUAUACCCUGUCUUACAACCACAACAACAACAACAACAACUAAACAACCAACAGGCAGCCAUUUUACAACGCAAUCAACUUAUACUAGCUCAACCUAAUCCUAACCAGUUACAAUUUCAACGAUUUCAAUUACAACAGGGUAAAUACGGUAUUUGAAUCUCGUAAAGAAGUUUGUGGGAUCAUGUGUGAAUAUUGGGAUCAAACAAUUUCAGCAUUUGUUUCAACAGAUUUUGUGUGGGCAUGCAUGAAUAUUAAUGGCCUUCCAGUGAAAGUCACAACCUCCAGCGACAACCAAAUCGCAGUGGUAGUAAAAAUGAUGUAAUAAGUCCUGACUGAACAUUUAUAAUUUUCAGUAAAAACCAAAUACUAUGUAUUUUAAUUGAGAAAAUAUGGUAUUUAAAAUUGUGUUUCUAAAAUAAAAUAUGGAAUUAAUCCAAUUUUUGAAAGUUUAUAAGUUGUUUAAAAAUUGGAACCGACAGUGUUGAGAUGAAUGAUCAUAAGCAUAUUAUCAUCCUACAGUGGACUCUGUCACUUCCGACAUAGUACGGGAUCGAUACAAUAUGCCAGAUUAUACAGCAUGACAGAAUACUCAAUUGUCUCAAUACCAGAAGUAUUAUUGUACCUCAUAUAUCAGAAGUAUUAUUCCAAUACACCUUCGAAUACCCAUAACAUAAAAUAUGAUAAACCAUUCUGUACAUUCAAAAUUUUAUUCCUUAAAAUUAUUACGUUUUUACUUUGUACAUGUACAAACCACUCGUGCGUCAUUCUGUUGAUGUUUUCAAAUUUAGAGUUCGAGUAAAAUCCUUUCUUACUGUUUCUUAUACCACGGUAUUCAUAUUGAUCAAGAGUGACAAGUUAGUUGCUGAAGCGCUGAGUAUUGAAGUACGAAGUGGUCCACAUAAAACAUGUUUCAGCUAAUGAAAAAAUUGAUUACCAGCGGCAACAAUAUGAAAGCACCUGCCUAUUAUAAUAUGGUUCCUUAUAUUUUUUAGCGUUUUUUAAGAGGUUUUUUUUUGCUUUCAAAAAGUAAUUUGUAUUGUCUGGUGCAAGGCCUACAUAGUUACCGAAAGAUGCCAUAUUUCUAUCGUUUUUUAUAGUUCAAAAUUUUGUUUCAGUUGUUUUUACUAAACUAGGAUCUGAAAGAGUUGUUAUAUAACCUGCGUUCCUAUUGAUGUGAGGGAUUAGCCAAUGAAACGGUUUAUUAUGGCGAGUUUUUGGCGCAAGUUUUAUGGAACUGUGGGUAACCCACUAGAAACAUCAGCACUGAUUGGUUAAUCAAAUGUCUAACGUCAUAGGGUCAAAAGCUGCUUGUAUGACCUCUCACACGACCUACACUACAACUGGUCAGAUCUUCAUGUAGUAGAGGCCAUAGAAAGUAUAAAAAAACGAAAAGAUAUAUAGAUCUGUAUUUUAAUCAGAUUGGCAUGAAACCAUCUAUUGAAUACUUAAUGGCUAAUUCCUUCUGUGUAGGUCCUAUAACUUUCUCAAAAUCUGCUAUCAUUUGCUGCUUGACAUCUAAUGUCAAAUUUGUACAUGCACGCUUUGCAGGACGAACAGACAUUCUGAACACAAUAUUAUAAUGAUAGUGAUUCUUCAUCUACCAAGUGCUCUCUUACUAGAGAUUAUAAAAUUAUCAAGGUUAUUAACAAAGAUGGACAGUGUCUUAAGCUCACCAAUAAAUGAUUGGUGAUUGCUUGUCAGUUAACACCCACUGAUUUAGGGCCGGAUUAUCCAUUGUUAAUUCAAUGCAAAUCGUGUGACUGGACCGCUGAUUGAUGUCGUUAUUCGGAAUAUUCAGAAUAUGGACUACUCAAAACUUUUUUGGUUGAAGUAAUAAGGAAAUAAAUCUGGACAUGAAAAUGAUGACGGAUUUCACAGAAUGCAGUAGUAUUCAGAUGUUGGAAGCGACAGAGUCCACUGUAUUUCAUAAUAACUGUACACAGAAACAUAAACAUAAUAAGAGGGCAAUACAUGACCUUAUUAUUAUCAAGACUAAUGAAUGGCCAUUGAUAUAAAGGAUAUUAUUGUGUAUAAAACUUGUAAAAUUGUUUGAAUUUGGAACAUAACCUUUUGACAAACCUAAUUUUCUUUUGUAUUAAAAUUUUUGUAGAUUGUUU